ACACACUACUCCAUCUUCCCCCAGACAUUUCCUCGCGGACCACCACCACACACGUCCUUCUCGCCCGACCUCCGCCAGCUCCGCAAAGAGUACCUGCAACUCCAAGCCAAAGCGCACCCAGAUGUCGCGUCGGCCGCUCACAAGAGCCAUGCGGAGGCCCUGAGCGCGCGCAUCAACGAGGCCUACAAGACGCUGCAGGACCCGCUGCGACGAGCGCAGUACUUGCUCGCUCAAAAGGGCAUCGAUGUCGCCGACGACAGCGCGAAGCUCGACGCCGAAACAGACGGAGGAGAACUGCUGAUGGAAGUCAUGGAGGCUCGCGAGGCCGUCGACGACGUGGACGACGAAGAAGGGCUGGUGAAGAUCCGGAACGAGAAUAAUGCGCGAAUCGACAAGAGUGUUCAGAUUUUGGAGUCUGCGUUUGCUGAGGAAGACUUGGCUACUGCUACGAGGGAGGCGGUGAAAUUGAGAUAUUGGAUGAAUAUUGAUGAGUCGAUC